AUGGGCCAUGGUAUCUGGGUCCAACCCAACGUGUCUUUGUUUCUUGCCCGCUUAAGCCCUCGCACUCCUGCCGUUCUGCUUGCUCCCCACACCGACCCAGACCCGGCUCAGCCUCUGUAUAGCAUCACCGCCGCCGCCGCCCACCUCGCGCGCUCCACAGUCCUCCCGCCCUUCCCGCGCCUGGUCUCCCCCCUCGCGCUCCCGAUGUCGUCUUCCGCUGCGGCGCUCGCGUGGCGCCGCACCCUCCGCGACGCCCUCCUGCGCGGCACGCCAGCACGGCCUCCGCGUCCGGCGCGGCGGCGGCGGACGCAGCCGCAGCCGCGCCUAAGAAGGUGCCCCCGCCACCCCGCAAGUGGCUGGUUAUUCAAGUCGACAGAACUCGUGAACCCACUAUUUGCACUGCUGGAUGCAGAGUUCGCUCAUAGUUUAGCUGUUAAAGCUACUGCCCAUGGAUUUGUUCCUAGAGAAAAGAGACCUGAUCCACCAGUUCUUGGGCUAGAGGUUUGGGGAAGGAAGUUUGCAAACCCAAUUGGUCUUGCUGCUGGCUUUGAUAAAAAUGCUGAGGCAGUUGAAGGUCUCUUAGGCAUGGGAUUUGGCUUUGUGGAAGUUGGCUCUUUCCAGAAAAUUCAGAAUGGCGUACCAAUUAGUUUCUUAUGCUGCUGUUUUCUUUGCUUCCCAAGUGCUGUAAUCAACCGAUGCGGAUUCAACAGUGAAGGAAUUGUAGUUGUUGCUAAGCGUCUUGGGGCACAACAUGGUAAGCGGAAGAUGGAAGAAACUUCAAGCUCCAUGCCUCCUGCAACCAGCGACGUAAAGCAAGGAGGAAAAGCAGGACCUGGAAUCUUGGGAGUCAAUCUUGGCAAGAACAAGACCAGUGAAGAUGCUGCUGCUGACUAUGUGCAAGGGGUCAUAAAUAUUUCUUCCCCAAAUACUCCUGGUCUUCACAAAUUACAAGGUAGAAAACAACUGAAAGAUCUUAUGAAGAAGGUGCAAGCUGCACGAGAUGAGAUGCAGUGGGCUGAAGAUGGACCUCCACCAUUGCUUGUGAAGAUUGCACCAAACUUGUCUAGGCAGGAUCUUGAGGAUAUUGCUGCGGUUGCUCUUGCACUUAGGUUGGAUGGCCUGAUUAUAUCAAAAAUCACUGUUUCCUGGCCACCACCUGCAGAUAAAGAUCCAUUGGCUCUGGAGACUGGUGGAUUAAGUGGGAAACCUUUGUUUGACUUAUCUGCUAACAUUCUCAGGGAGAUGUAUAUGCUUACACGGGGCAAGAUUCCCCUCAUAGGCUGUGGUGGUGUGAGCAGCGGUGAGGAUGCAUACAAGAAGAUCCGGUCUGGAGCUACACUUGUUCAACUUUAUACUGCUCUUGCAUAUGGUGGUCCAGCUCUUAUACCCAGAAUAAAGGCUGAGGUAGCAAAAUGUUUGGAAAGAGAUGGUUUCAAAUCUGUUCAGGAAGCAGUCGGGGUUGAUUUCAGAUGA